UGCUGUGACCCUGCAGGGAUGGAGGGCACAACUGGACCCAGGUAGGAGCCAAGGGCAGGGGAGAAAGUAACAGACUGUGUCCAGUUGGGCAGCCUUUACCCACAAAAGUAUCCUUUAUCCAGGGACCAGACUUUAUCCAGGGCUAGGUCAAAGUGGGUUGAGAGUGUUUUGUGUGUGGAGCAGAGACGUGAGAUACGAGAAGGUAACCUUCCUCAUGGUCACCAUGGAAGAGCGCAGUGAUGAGACCUGGCAGGAGGUGUGGCUUUAAAGUGCCAGUUGCUUAUGAUGGGUUGGUUGUAUGACAUGCUCCCUAGAGCCCUUAGUACCAGAGUACUAUCCUAAAACAGACAGGAGAGGGAAGAGUACCCCACUGCACACAUAGUCCUGUUUCUGCAGUGGAUGCCAAGAAGCAGGCUCCAAGGAGACAUUGGCUCUGCCCAGGAUGCAUGGGGUGUCUUGCAGGCCCCUCUAAGGGGCCCCAAGGAGGCCCCAGCCCUCUUGUCUUGGGCUGGUCUUGUGAAUCUUGAGUGCAUUUUAUCUUGGAAGUGAAUUUAAAGGGAAGAGGGAGGGAGAGAAUGUAUUUAAGAGGCUUUGUUACAAGGAGGCUGCACUUGAGUCAUCUCAGAAGCAGAAAUGUGUGUCUAAGCUGUAAGCUGUUCUUGGACUGCAAGAAGUCUGGACUGCAGAGAGCAUCUGUGCUAAGAAGGAUGCACACCAGAGGCUGGCUGGUGAUUGCAAGAAUAUGUUUCUUGGUUCCUACACCUCAGAGAGUGAGCAGUUUUUAGGUCAUUACUUAAUGUUUCAGGUGGAGUUGGAGAUAUUGAUCUUUCUGCCACAACUUGAAAAAUUGUUGAAAAUAUUCGACUCUGCAUUAGAUAGUUUGUUAUCCAUGAUGGAAUUUGAUUAAAUUUCCUGAGUGUUUGCUUAAUCCUCUAGCUAGGUAGCUUCUGAACGUGAGCUAGUGGACCCAUAUUGGUCCAGGACAGGAUUCUCAUCUGGCCAUGGUAAGGUGUGAAAUCAUGACCCAAAAAAAUCCCAGUGACGUUUCGGGGAGGGUUUUGGAGGAAUGGAUGUCAUCUCUUUGCAGAUUGUCCCUUAUUCUGAGUUCAUUCCAUUAUGGGGUUUUUUGGUGGGGGAUGUUGAUAGGGUUUUAUUUAAGGGUGGGAUGGAAGGUAUGAGAUUUGCUGCACAGCAGCCUGGGUUGGGGAGAGCUAAUCAGGAUUGGUCAGGCAGCUACUGAAGCUGAGCACUGGGGCCAUGUUCCCUCUAUACUUUGUAUGUUUGAAUUUUUGCUGUAAACAUUUCUAAGCACCUUAAUUAUAUAUUAAUUAACUAUAGAUAGAAGUUAAAGUCUAUACCUAGUAAAGUAAAAGCUUGACAACUUUAUUAUUACCCGUUACUCUUUGGAGAUAAGAUUUAAACUUUAGUGGACUGGCAGGUGUGGAGAGUGUCAGGGUAAAGAUGUGGAGCAGGUAACAGUGUCCUCCUUGUGUGUACAUUGCAAUAAUUUGUGGUUGGUUAGCACAGUUCUCUGGACGUAUCCUGAGCUUAGCCACAGAGAUAUCCCUUUAACCUUAAUGAUGACUUUGUCCUGGUAAAAGGUCGCAAUUCCCACACAGCAUUCAUGGAAAGACUGAAGAGACAGCAGGGAAGAGUCAUCCUGGGUCAUGGUCUCACUGCUUGCCCACAGGUGCUGACACCCUUUCUGGACUCUGCAUGUGGCUGCAUUGGCGACUGAACAGGCCAUCCUCUGGGAGUCCCUGGAUUGAAGUGCCCAGUCAGAGAACUUGAUUCCCCUCUGUUGGGGGAGCAGCCCACCUCGGCCAGGCAUCCCAGUCCCCACAGGAAUGCACCAUGCCAAUAGUCGAUAAGUUGAAGGAAGCCCUGAAACCCGGUCGCAAGGACUCGGCUGAGGAUGGGGAACUGGGAAAACUCCUGGCCUCCUCCGCCAAGAAGGUCCUUUUACAGAAGAUCGAGUUCGAGCCAGCCAGCAAGAGCUUCUCCUACCAGCUAGAGUCCUUGAAGAGCAAAUACCUGCUGCUGAACCCCAAGACGGAGGGCGCCAGUCGCCCCAGGAGUGGAGAUGAGGCUCAGGCCAGGAGACAGGGGAGUGAGCGCCCGUGUGGUAGUGAUGGAGUCCCAGCCCCACAGAAAGUGCUCUUCCCCACAGAGCGCCUGUCUUUGAGGUGGGAGCGGGUUUUCCGAGUUGGCGCAGGGCUACACAACUUGGGCAACACCUGCUUCCUGAACUCCACCAUACAGUGCUUGACCUACACAGCGCCUCUGGCCAACUACCUGCUUUCCAAGGAGCAUGCACGGAACUGUCACCAUGGAAGCUUCUGCAUGCUGUGCAUCAUGCAGAACCACAUUGUCCAGGCCUUCGCCAACAGUGGCAACGCCAUCAAGCCCGUCUCCUUCAUCCGUGAUCUGAAAAAGAUCGCCCGGCACUUCCGCUUCGGGAACCAAGAGGAUGCGCAUGAGUUUCUCCGCUACACCAUCGACGCCAUGCAGAAGGCCUGCUUGAACGGCUGUGCCAAAUUGGAUCGUCAGACACAGGCUACUACCCUGGUGCAUCAGAUAUUUGGAGGGUACCUCAGGUCACGAGUGAAGUGUGCCGUGUGCAAGAGCGUCUCGGACACCUAUGACCCCUACUUGGACAUCGCGCUGGAGAUCCGGCAAGCUGCAAAUAUUGUGCGUGCUCUGGAACUUUUUGUGAAGCCAGAUGUCCUGAGUGGAGACAAUGCCUAUAUGUGUGCUAAAUGCAAGAAGAAGGUCCCCGCCAGCAAGCGCUUCACCAUCCACAGGACUUCCAACGUGCUCACCCUUUCCCUCAAGCGCUUUGCCAACUCCAGUGGGGGGAAGAUCACCAAGGAUGUAGGCUAUCCGGAAUUCCUCAACAUCCGCCCAUAUAUGUCCCAGAGUAACGGCGAUCCUGUCAUGUAUGGACUCUACGCCGUCUUGGUCCACUCAGGUUACAGCUGCCAUGCCGGGCACUACUACUGCUACGUGAAGGCGAGCAAUGGACAGUGGUACCAGAUGAACGACUCCUUGGUCCAUUCCAGCAACGUCAAGGUGGUUCUCAACCAGCAGGCCUACCUGCUCUUCUACCUGCGAAUUCCAUGCUCUAAGAAAAGUCCCGAGAGCCCCAUCUCUAAGGCAGGCUCUACCCUUCCCAGCCGCCCAAGUGUGGUUCUAGAUCAUACCAAGAAGAACAUGGGCAACGGCGUAGCUACCUCCCCAUCAAUGGCAAAGCGACCAGACCCUGUGCUGGUGAGGAAGCUGCAGGUCCCCGAGGAGAUCGGCGUGCCUGUUUCCAGGAACGGCUCUGUGCCGGCCCUGAAGUCACAGAAUGGAUGUGUUCCUGCAAAGCUGCCCUUGGGGUCACCUUCCCCCAGACUCUCCCAAACACCCCCCCACACCCCCACCCUUCUAGAGGAGCCUGGGAAGAAGGUGAAGAAGCCAACUCCCCCACAGCACUUCUCCCCGUCCCUGCGAACUCCUCAGGGCUCCCCUGGUACCAGCGAAUCUGGGAGCCAUCGGCAGGGCUCCUGGGCCAGCCGAGACACUGUCCCCUCUACCUCACCGAAGCUCCUGGCCAGCGCCACUGCAAAUGGGCAUGGGCUGAAGGAGGAGGACGGGAGCACGGACCUUGAGAAGGGGGCUUCUAGCAGCUCUAGCCCGGAGCACUCUGCCAGCAGUGAGCCCGCCAAGGCUCCACAGGACCGCGGGGGCACGGCCGUCCGCAUCUGUGCUUCUCAGGAAACAGACUGUCCCUCCGGUCCCUCCAGAGCACCACCAAGUGAAGCCGAUCCUGCAGUGGUGAAGCUGAAGUCCCCUGCCCUGGGCAGCGCCACCACUGAGCCUGCGAACCUCAUGUCUCCACCGCCAGCCAAGAGGCUGGCCCUGUCUGCCAGGAAGGCCAGCACCCUGCGGAGGGCGACCGGCAAUGACCUCCAUUCACCUCCCCCCUCACCAUUCUCCGACCUCACCUCCCCCAUGGAAGCUGCUCACCCCGUCGUUGCCUCCACCUGGGCUGUCAGUAGAACCAGGGCUGUGUCACCUAUCCCUCGAUCAUCCAGCCAUCCAAAGCCGCCUGUUAGCCCUCCCUCUACAUCACUGACCAGUAGUAGCCCCCAGUCCCCAGGGACUUCAGAGCCACAGAGCCGUUCCUCUUCCUGGACUGCCCUGCCUCAGGUCAAUGGGGACUUCACGUCCCUUUCACACCAGCCGUCACUGGAGGCCAGCAAGGCCCCUCAGAGCCCCUCUAGGAAGAAGAAGAAGCUGCUCACAGGAGAGCCCCAGAAACUAGGCUCAGUGGCACGUCAGCCCCAGUGCCUCAGGGGAGAAGCUGUGGCGCCCCGCAGGAAGAGGAAAAGGAAGAAGAGGAAGUGUCCAGAGGACCCAGGCACCAUAGCCCCUCAGGAGGGUCAGACUCGGGGGCAGCCCUGGAGCCCCAAGAGCAGGAAGAAGCACCAGGCAGAGCUUGCAGCUGAUCCACAGGAGGAAGAGGGCACACGGCCACAGGCAAACGUCCUAGAAGCCCACCACCCGAGUAGCAGGAAGCGGAGGAGGAGAGGAGUGGAGGGAUUCGGGAGAGUGGAGCUACCCCAGGACCCACCUUGGCCCAGCUGCUCCUCCCCUGAUCCUAGAGAGCCUGCAGCCAGGAUGGAGUCUCCAAGGAAAAAGAAGAGGAGGAAAAGAAAGCGGGAGGCGCAGCGGGAGGAAGAAGAGAACAAUCAUCCGGAGGGCCCCAAGAGGCUGAGGCCUAGUGUCUCUGCAGUCCCCGUGUGGAGUAUGAACGGCCAGGUUCCUGGGGACCGUCUGGGGCCAGGACAGGCUCCUCUUGUACCUUGGAACAGAGAGCGAGAACCCGAUGUGGUCCAGGAGUUGCUCAGAUACUCCUCUGACAAGGCCUACGGGAGCAAAGUUCUGAGCUGGAGUGGGGAGCCGUCUGCGAUCAGUCAGGAUGCCAUCGAGGACAGCAGAUUGGCCCGCACCCAGACUGUGCUUGACCACUGGGAUGAGGAGUUUGAUCGAGGGAAGGAGAAGAAAAUGAAAAGACUCAAGAGAGAGAAGAAGAGAAACUUCAAUGCUUUCCAGAAGCUUCAGAGUAGACGGAACUUUUGGUCUGUGACUCAUCCAGCCAAGGCCACCAGCCUCAGCCACCGCCGCUGAGCUCAAGCUGUCGAGGGCCGUCACUUCCUGGGAACUCUGUCUGGAUCUGAAGAGUGGCCUCCAGCAGACUCCACCUCCCUGUCACCUCUAGGCUGCUGCACUGUGAGCCUGCCACGGCAGGGGACUCCUGUCCCCACCGUCUUAGGGGCUUCUACGGCUCAGAACCUGUGGAGACAUUCACGAAAGGCCUCUCACGCGAAGCCCUGGCAUGUGGUGUCACGCAGACCGACAGCUCACUAUGGGGCCUCCAGAAAGGCCAAGUGACCUUGUGGUCAUGGACAGCGGGGUCUGGGUGGGCAGAGCCGUCUGCCCCAGCUCUGGGGCUGUUCCGCAGUUGUCCUCUGCUCAGGGUGGAGGGUGCCUUGGCUCUUCCUGGCGAGCACCCCUUGUUCCCUGCAGGUGGCGCUGCCUCGUGCUGCGCCCUGUGUCUGUAUGCCUUACUGUCUGCCUCAGAGAGGAAGGUCCUACACGGACCACAUCGCUGCCUUUCGCUUUCCUGCCUGGGGUUGGCCCUUCCGGAGUAUCUCCUCCUCACAGGAACUCCAGGCUCUGUGGAGAGCAGAGGCUGGGGUGGGAACCCUUGAAAUUAAUGCCAACGCAUCUGCUUCCAAGGCUGCUGCCUCUCCUGAUGGUUUGGCUGUCGCUGCCCUUCAGCUGCAGUGACCGUGGGUCUCUGCAGAAGUGGUGAUCUUGGGGAUGAGGUCUCCAUGAGCUGAUUACUUAAUAUGGAGCAUCUAUAUUCGAGCAGGCCUGUGGCUUCCUGUACCGUGUGUUUCCCUGAUAGGCAAACCCUGGCUCCGUGUGCUCAGUCUAGGGAGUGCCGUGGAGUCUGGCUGAUUGUGCUGUUCACGCCCCUCCCCUGUGCAAGCCCUGUCUCAGACGUGUGGUUGGACGAGCCUGGGUCUCCUCGCCGAGGUGCUCUCUAGGAGGACGGCACCUUCCAGGCGCUGCUCACAGUGCCGGGCGCUGGCCUCCCCAGGAGGGCCCACCUCUGCCCUUGGCCUGUGCCACCUUUAUUUUGCUCUGCUGCCACACUUGGGGCCUCACUUGAUCCUGCUGUAGAAAGAAGACUUACUUUUUCUUUAUGGGGAGAAGAUUGUUUUCUUUUCCUGUUUUCGUAUUUCCUUUUAAAAGAAGGUGGCAGGAAGAGUGGCACCAGGGCUGAUCGGUUGGCUGCUCCCCAUCCCAGCAGGAAGUGGGCCAUGGCUUCGUGACCUGUUGUCUGGGGAGGGCAGGGCUUGCUUUUCCUCUUGAGGCGCUGACGUUCUUUCCUGUAUGAACUGCGUCCCCAGCUGUGUUUGUUUCGUAAUGUUCUGUAGUUAAAUUUAGUUGUCUUCUAGCACAGAAUUGACCUCCCCUCUCGCUCUCCCCUCUUCCAAGUGGGUCUCUUCCUUCUCCGCUGGAUUGCACGCUGCAAACCCUUGUCCUGGAGGGGCUGCCUCCCUCUCCCAGGUGGUGGAGUGCCUGACCUGACUUUUGCGGUGCUCAUCGCUGUCCGGCAGAAGCCAGCCCCUCCCUUCCCGGAAAACCAUCAGCCAAACAGGGACCAGGAAGAAUGAGGCCCAGAAACCGCCACCGCCACCACCACCCCCUGUUCUGGGUGCCCGUGGUGUGUAAGCACAUGUUAGUGACCUCAGUUCUUGCCAUGGUGGCCUCUCGGCACAGAGCUUGCCUUCGUGCUUGGGAGUGCAGGUGACGGCCCCUGUGCAGUGGGCCCUCACCAGUGUUCCUCACUGCCCCAUUCACCUAUCUAUCGUGAGGAGCUGCUUCCUGCUGUCUCCUGGCUGUGUGGCCACACCCAUGUGUGUACAGGCCUCCCUGCCCGCUGUACUUCCUCUCCAGUGGCCUGGGGAGCCCCAGAUGUUGCCAAGAUCUUGGUGCAAUAAAUAAUGUGCUGUUGUGAGUC